AUGGUCGUUGCUCGAGACUUCAAACAAUGCGAGGAUGAGGACUACUUUUUUGACGUGGAGGGGGCCUCAUUCAAGGUCUCACGACGAUUACUCGUAGACCACUCAUUUGCACUCCCUAAGCUGCUCGCAACGUCUGAUGGCGAUGUUGGGCGAACACCAUGGAAUCCUGUGUUGCUACACGGGCAUUCCGCCGACCAAUUCUCUCUAUUCUUGUACUCUCUUUCUCUGCGGACACCUCCAAACCCGCUCGGACUUACCAUGGAGGACCUUCUCUCCCUCGCGGAACUUUCUCGCCAAUACGACGCUCGUUCCUUGAGUGCGUGGGCAUUAAAGGGUCUGUUACCCGCACUCCUACUCGUCGCGCGAGACACCGCAAAUCCCCCGUCGUCUGCGACUCUCAUACGUAUCCUGCGGUUAGCUUUAGCUUGCGGGGACGUUCCUCUAGCGAAAAUGACGCAAAGUGUAUGGGCCGAUCGCAUACAUCGACAUGACCUACCACCCGCACCUGCGAUAACGUUCGCCGAGAAACAUGGGUUGAUAUUGCUCCAGAUACACGCCUACUACGCGCAACUACUCCUCGCAUCUCCGUACCUCCCGGAUGCACUUCCCGACGACAUGCAAGCAACGCUUACUCUGUCGCAGCGCACACAUCUUCUUGAGGGCUACUACUCUCUCACAUCAUACUGGAACCGCCAACGAACCCAGCCGAUAUCCUUUUCACAGUCACCUGAAUGCCCAGCUCAUGAUCAUCGCAUAUGUAUAUCAACGUGGCGUAGCAGAUGGUCGGUUAUGGCAGACUGGCCACUCACAUUUGAUGACGUAGAUGUCCUGCGGCGGCUCACCUUCAUGGUAAAGACACUGGAAAACGAUAGGAUCCUGGAGGUUUGCAUGAGCGCGGGUUGUAGACGCGGAGCGUUGGAGGCGUUGCAGCACAAAUCCAAGGCACUGGGAGAGAACCUGUGGCACCAUUUCGAUCUGUGA